AGCGUACUACCACUCAAUUUCAAAAGUUUUAUCGAAUCAUUAGAUUAAAAUGGCUAAAAUUAAUGCCAUCUUGCGGGCACCCGAAAAAUUCAUAUUCACGUCACAAGUUCGAAUCGAUCGACAUAAGGCGCGCUAUCAUAGUCGAUACGUAACACUGAAUACAUUGCAGGUUCGAUCGAGUUGUAUAAGUUUUUAUCCCCGCCAAAAAGGGCGAUGGCACAGGGAACGGAGAAAUGAGGGACAACGAAAGAAAUCGAAUAUAUGAACGAGAGACAAAGAUAAAAUGUGCGUUAGGGUCGAGGGAAAAGGGCAACAGAUGUCCUUCCGUAUAACGCAUGACUCGUUUCACCCUCGGAGAAAUAGUACUGCUUGCGUCCCUCUACCUUGCGGAAGCACCGUGCGUUACAAAACGAAGCUAACCUCGUCGUUGGAGAACGCUCGUUCGAAAUCGGUUAUCGAGAGGAAUGAUCAGAGGAUGGUGCUCAAUUUGCAAAAUUUAUAUCUGAGGGAUUUAGUCAGCCUACGUUGAGACGAGGGAAAAAAAAUGUGCGAAAUAGUAAAGGGUCAACGCAGAACAUUUCGCGAUCAAGAUCCGCCGCGAAUAAGUGACAGAAGCAACGAUAAUUUGAAAACUGAGCUCGAGUUCUCCAAAUCGACACCAAAUUUACCGACGAUUGCUCAAGCAACGUCUAGUUUCGAAAAGUGUUCCAGCGAGCCCGAAUUUUUAGAAAAAGAUCGGAAGAAUGAGAAUGAGCAACGAGGGCAUUCGUCUAUGCAGGAAAGCACUUGGUCUGAUUCGAAUGGAGAUUCGGGAAAUACGAAGGUAGUCGAAAAUGUCAAGCAGCUUGAUAUUCCUAUUCGCACGCGCAGCGAGCAUUUUCUUAAAGAGCUUGCCGACAGAGUGCCUUUAUCUGGCCGUCGUGGCAAUGAGGUGAUCACUAACGGUGUGAAGAACGAAACGGACAGCUGUCACGGCUUAACGAACGGAAGGAAAAUGGCACCAGUGCUAGGUGUACCACCUCCGCCACCACCUGCCCCUCACAUGGGACCAGACGGUUUAAUCUUACCGAGAAAACCAUACAACCCCUACCUCACCUCCAGCAACCAUAAAGACCUCCGUAGGGAGCUGUUGUUCAAUCAGAAAGUAGGCAAAAACGUGCUGAAUCAGAAAAGCGAGCUACAACGAGCGCUCGAGAAGCAAAGAGAAGCUGCGUCCAGGAGAGAGGCUGAAAAGAAUCGAGAGGAGAAUUUUAAAGACGAUCCGAGAACGGCGUUGCAAAGAGCCAUCGAGCAGAGGGCGAAGCACAUCGAGAUGACAUUGGAGCAAUCGCAAGCAACCACGGAGCCACCGAGCAAUCUGUUGGCUACGGCAAGAGCGAAGCUGAGACCACGCACAGAUUCUCAGUGAAUUGUACAAACGAAGGAGAAGCGAAGAAAAAGAAAAAGAAACGACGCAGAGAAGAAGAUCGAUCGUGAAACGCGAUGAGUAACGCCGUCGUGCGGGAGAGCAACGAUCGAAGCGUUGCGUCGCGACGCGGAGCUUUAUCGCGUUUUCUUACUUCAUCCUGUACAUAUAUAUACGUAAUCUGACAAGAGCUCGUUAGAAACAAAAGAAGAUUAUACAAUAACUCGUAACCGUAGAUGGAAACGUUGUAGCGUGAUCUGUCGAGUAACGCGAUUGGAAGUAGGAAGAAGAAAACGAAUCGUAUCUGUCGAUAGGUUUCAUUCGUUCUAGGCGUAUCUUGACUCUUUCGCUUUAAGGAACGUAUACAUGUAUACGUUGACAGAUGAGUCAUGUACGGAGCACAUCGAAUAAUUCCAAUUAAUUCUUCCGCAAGUCACUCUUCGACUUCUGUUUUCGAUUGAAACAUGACUUUUAUUAAAGAGGAGUCUACACUGUAUAAAAAGAACUUGUCACGAAUAAAUUUGGUGGUCUUAAAUUUGAAUAUUUAUGAUAAAUACCAGUGAUCGCCUGAAUUAUUCGAUCUACGUAUAAAUAAGCAGAUGACAAGAUAAGUACUGCACGAAAGUGAUACUAUUAUAUUUGUCUUUUAAUCUUAUCUAAUGUACAUUUGUUAUUCUUAAUCCUCUUAUAUAUGGUUCAAGCUUGUGAGAAUUUCAUAUUUAAUUUCUGCGCAGUUCAAAAUAUGAUAUGCAAAAUGAUUGAAUAAUUGUUAACUCCUUAAAUGCUGUGUCAUCCAUGUUUAGUAGUUUCAGCAUGAUAAAAUAAGAGAGUUGGAAGAAAAAAUUAAUUUCGAUUGUUCGAUGUGCCCUGCUAAUAGGAAUUAUAUUUUCUAUCACACGUUUUUCUAUAUUAGGGGAACUAAUUAUCAGAGCCGCCAAAUUAUAAUGAUUCAACCUGUCAUCUCCAGAGCGUUGUUUCGAUUCACUGAGCAGUGAUCGUUGUCUCGUACACGACAAACGAUUAAAGAAUAUAGCGAAAGGGAUAAACAUGAUACGCUACCUAACUCGUGCGUCUUUCGUGUCGAAGUAGACGAUUGCCUUACUCUUCCAAAGUCGUCACACGUGUACGCUAGACGAUUCGUCGACUCGUUUUUAUAUAUAAAUGACAUUAGUCUUGUUAGAUAGUUUAGUUGUAAUGUUGUAAUCCACGAUUCGCGUGGAAGCAAAUUUGUAUUCGUGCGUGCGUUCGAACAUGGCCUUUUUAAAUACUAAUUCUAGAAAUCGUCGGCUCUAAAUAUUGUCACGAAAGCUGACAAGUUUUAUCAAGGCCAUAGAUAUCCUUAGACCAACAUCUAUCGUGCCUACGUGAGUGUACAAUAUUUGAUAUGAUAUUAUGGUGCACCGCGUUCUCGUUACUUCAUUCGAUUACCCAAGAAAGGACAAACGGUUAAAGCUAAAAGUGCGCGAAUGAUCCCGAGCCUCGAAAGUUCGGAAUCUCCCGCAUCUCUGAUCGAAGCUCGUGACGAAUAGGCCUUUACGAAGCGCUUUCCUUGAAAACGUAGCCUAUCUGAUCAUUGGCUCGGUUCAACAUCUUGUUACAUAAUAGAACUUUCUCACGUAGAGACAAGUACCGAUAUUUAAUUAAUAAUUAGCCACGAAGAGAAAUAAGAGAAUGAGAUCCAGAGAUAAAAAAAUAUGUAUAAAAUGUAUAAGUGUCCUCCAAGGUUAUCAUCGUGCCUGAAUUUCUAUACAAAGACUAGACCUAAAUAUAUCAAGUGCAGAUCAUUUUAUCACAAUAGAUGAAAUCGGUAGACUCGGGUACCCUGGGACCAUUAAACUCGUAGCGAUUAAAUGGAAAUACAAGUUCAAAUAGGUUGAUGUAGCAGCAUUUAUUAUAUUCCAUUGUUCAUGAUUCAAGAAGAAAAUAAAACAUGUGUUGUUAUGUCAUACCGUUUUAAUCGAUAUACUCGUAGGAACGUCGUAAGUCAACGCCUCUGUAAUAGUCUCUGUAGAUGUUCUUGAAAGAAAUGACAUUCGUUGACAUUUAUGUACGCCAUCCGCAAUGGAAGGGUUAAUAAAGUACACUCGAUUCUAUUGUUUCCCUAACGUAAUACAUAUAACGUACAAUUACAUGAAACAGUGAGAUAAAUGAUUAGCAAACUGAGAUACUAUUUGUAACUUUGAAUUCUAGCACUACUACAUUAAGUGCAUUCGAUUCUGAUCAAUGCAAACCAACCGUAAUAGCUUGAAUUUUCAUUGGUAACAAUUAAAGUAUUAAAUAUAUUUUAUUCGACAUCGAAAA